UUUUUUAUACGAGAGAUGUGGAGUCGACCAGUGGCAAACACGUGGCACGUCCAUGAGCGGUUACUUAUCUCUAAAUUUAAUUCGCCCUCGACGCGGAAGCAGGCGCAGCGCUUUCAGCGCACGCGCAAUCGACGCGCGGACCUCGCCAUUAGAUGCAGAGCCUACAGCUGGAUCGAAGCCCACUCCUCCUCCUCCUCCUCCUCCAGCUACCGGUCUUCCAUCUCCAACUACAAGAUCGGAAGAGCGCCACCGAGCGAUAUCCCCUUCGGCCCCCUCCGGAUCUGCUCUCGGCGAUCCGCCAUGGCGUCCUCCGGCGAGCCCAAACUCGCGGAACGGGAAUCGAAAGAGGACGAGAAUGAAGGAAAAGGGGGCUUUUUGGACAAGGUCAAGGACUUUAUUCAUGAUGUGGGCGAGAGAAUCGAGGAGGCAGUCGGAUUCGGGAAGCCCACCGCCGACGUAACCGCCGUCCAUCUACCUUCCAUCAACAUGAAGAAGGCAGACAUCGUCGUCGAUGUCCUGGUCACAAACCCUAAUCCGAUCCCCAUCCCUCUCGUCGACAUCGAUUACUUGAUCGAAAGCGACGGGAGGAAGCUGGUCUCUGGAUUGAUCCCCGAUGCGGGCACGAUUCACGCGCACGGUUCGGAGACGGUGAAGAUCCCGGUCACUUUGAUCUACGAUGAUAUCAAGAACACUUACGGCGACAUCAAGCCUGGAAGCAUCAUCCCUUAUAGGGUCAAGGUCGAUCUCAUUGUAGAUGUGCCAGUUUUCGGCAGGAUUACGCUGCCCCUGGAGAAGACUGGCGAGAUUCCAGUGCCCUACAAGCCGGAUAUUGAUGUUGAAAAGAUCCACUUCGAUAAGUUCUCCUUCGAGGAGACGAUAGCUUCGCUGCACUUGAAGCUAGAGAACAAGAACGACUUCGACCUGGGGCUGAACGCAUUGGAUUAUGAAUUUUGGCUGUCUGAAAUCAGCAUUUCUAGUGCGAAGUUCAACAAAACCACAACAAUUGAGAAGAACGGGGUUGCAAGGAUGGAGAUCCCUAUCUCUUUUAGGCCCAAGGAUUUCGGCUCUGCACUGUGGGAUAUGAUUAGGGGAAGAGGCACCGGGUAUUCCAUUAAAGGGAGCAUCGAUGCCGACACUCCAUUUGGCCACAUGAAUUUGCCGAUCAGCAAAGAGGGAGGAACCACUCGCCUUAAGAAAGGAGAUGAAGAUGAUGAUGACAAUGAGGACUAGAGCAAAGAGUCAAGUCUUCUAUGUGAGAGGAGCAUAAGGUUAUAUAUACUUAUUUGAGAUAGAAAAAUCUGUUACUAUUUUCUUUGCAAAUAAGCUGCUCAGAUUUAUAGUCCAUUUGUGUUUUUUUAUCUCUUGACCUUUGGACCAUGAGUAUGAGGUGUUGUGUGACUUGUGAACUGUUUUAGUGUGUUGGUUUUAAUGUAUAUUUGGCAGCCAUUUAUCGUGCUUGUUUCUGUUA